GUUCAUUUGAUAAAAUAAUUGAGGAAAUACCAGGUAUAGCAGUGGAUAAUUUUGAAGGCCGACAUUUGAAUUCUCGUGCUUUUUUUCUGAGUCAUUACCACAUGGAUCAUAUUCAAGGCUUAAAUUCGUGCCAAUUGGCAAAUCACUUGAGAGAAACUAACGCUUUUAUUUACACAUCUGAAAUUACUGCAUCAAUUAUAAAUCAUGAAAUGAAAUGUUCUGAUAUUUUGAGAUAUGUGAAAGCGUUAGGACGAGAAACUACAUUAAUUACUCUGCCCAGUAUGCCAGAGAUGGAUUUAGAGGAAUUGUUUGUAGAAGUUACAUUGAUUCCCGCAGGGCACUCAUUUGGGUCCACGAUGUUUUUAUUCAAGACAACAGAAAAAACUGUCUUGUAUACUGGUGAUUUUAGGAUAAGGAUAAACGAUAUAUCAAAAUAUGGUAACCUGCAUAAAAACGAUGAUCCAAUUCAUAUUGAUGCUAUGUAUAUCGAUACGACAUUUUUCAAAGAGAAAUAUGAUGAUUUUGCAAAAAGAACGGACACAGUUGAUACUGUUAUAGAUGAGAUCUCUAAAUGGCUUAAGAAAGACAAAGAAAAUGCAGUUUCUAUAUUUAUGUACGCUAAUUACACAUUUGAAUUCUUAUUAAAUAAAAUAUAUCAAAAGUUAAAUAUGAAAGUUUAUAUAAAUGACCAUAAAUGGGAUUUUUACAGACCUCCACGAACAUUACAAGACCAAGAUAAGAUAAAUCCGUUCAUCCAAUCUCGAGUUUUAGAGAGACUAAGGAAAAAAAAUCCCCGUUUUUGCAACAUAUCUCACUGACGCUUCGCUUCUAUUGGUCGCAGCGUAAUGUUAUAUAGCCUAAAGCCAUCCUCUAUAAAUGGAAUGGGUUGACCGACGACGUGUCGCCAUCGCACACCGCUCGCUUCAACCAACUUCGUGCGGUUUAAGAAACGGAGCAAUUUAGCGUCCUCGGAAUUCUUUUCGGGGACACCGGGACUCGUAAGUAAAAGGGACAGUCCCGUUCAUAACGAGACGUCUGGUCACGUUAGGCAUAAGUCAUGUUGAGUUUGCUAUUGUUUGCAUAUGACGGACACGCGACAGCUAAUCUAUAUCUAUAUACUAAUAUUAUAAAAAGGAAAAGUUUGUUUGUUUAAACGCGCUAAUC